UCGGCGGAACUGAAGCGCGCUCCGGUGAAGACGAGAAGAGCAGCCGAGAUGAAGGUCGGGCUGUUGAUCGCGUUGUGUGUUUUUAGCUUUGUGUGGUUGUCCGAAUGCACGCCGCCGACGUGCUAUUCACGAGCGCUUGAUCUGAGCAAAGAAAUAAUGGCUUUGCUCGAGAAAAUACACAAUCACCAACGCACGAAAACCUGCGCGGAACUUCUGCCCAUCAUCUUCAUCGACGUGCAUAAUUCCUGCAUCACGACGAAGCUUCGUGAUUUCCUGUACGUGUUGCUAAACCAUCCCAGCCAGGACUGCAGGGAGCGGCCCGGGAUGGUUUUGCUGAAGCGUAAAAUCCAGAACUUGUACGCCAUCAUCAACAGGGUUUGUUAUCGGGACCUGGUGUUCUUCUCGAAUGACUGCGAGGCUAUCGACACAGGACGCAUCGCCCCCCACUACGGAGAGGACAGAUUGCAGCUUCUGCAAGAGGAGAGAUGAGGUGGACAUGGAAGAUACGCACCGGCGACAGUAUGACUCACACAACACAUGGCUAUGCAGAAUGGUUCAGUGUGUGCACUCCUUGUCACAACACACAGGCAACAGCUACAAUGUGCAUCAUCAGUACGACAUUAGACGGCUGCCAGCAAAACACGCCACGCCGGUUCAACUCUCAGACCCAGCCGAGCCGCAGAGGUUCAUUACUGACAGACGUGGGGGCCUCGUGUUUAGGUGUGUUGGUUUGUGGGCAGCUGGGUUUGAACUUUCCACAGGAAAUUUGCCGAAUGCCAGUCAUGCCGAUGAAACUCCAGCAAUAAUAAAACCGAUAAGGUGUGCGUGUGUGUGUGUGUGUGUCUGAGCAUGACUCGCUGGUUCUCGCCAGGGUCGAUCAAAGGUUCAAAGGAUCACGGCAUUGCUAUACGUGCAUUUUUUAAACACAAUAUGAUUUAUAUAAAUGGUGUUUAUAGGUUGUUUGUUUUUGUAAGGAACACCAAAUACCUCUUUAUGCUGCAUUACCUUUUCGCUUAAGUGGACAGGUUUUCCUGCCUGUAACAGUGUGUUUGAUUUGAAGUCCUUUUGUGCAGUGUUUAUUCUGACACAGGUUCAGUCGAGGCAACGCUUUCUCGCCCCCAUUUGACUUGUAUACCCUCUAGUUGCCACAAAUACACAAGUAUUGUUAGCCUUUAGCUCAUAGAUGUACAGAUACUUCUCUUCUUUGUAUAUUUUUGACUAUCCAAUGUAAUAAAAUCCCAU